AUAGAACCAAAAAAAAAAGGAAAAGAAAAAGAAAAAAAGAACGCCUCCUUCGACGUUCUAAUCUGCGCAACCCCCACUUUCUCUCUCUAAAAACACCAUAACUAUAAACACACAGAAGCAAUAAACUCAGCUCUGUUAAUUUUCUCUUAAAGAAUUUCUUCAAAUUUUCCUUACUAAUUUGUUCUUGCAUCAAAACCCUUUUAAUUUCAUCCCCAUUCUACUAUUCUAUUCAAUUGGAGAUUAAUUCUUACAGAUAAUCAGCCAUGUUAUUCUGAGUUUUAUUCCAUUGGAGGGGAAUGCAAUUAUGGGUUAUGGUAAUUCAAGGUUCUGGAGCCGCAAAAGAGAGUUUUUAGUAUCUGGGUAUUGCCCUUCUGGUUGACCUUAAUACAGGAAAUAUGGCUCUUGAGAAACACCUCCCUGCUAGUAAUCUGACUGUUAAUGUGAAACCUUUGAGUUUCCCUCUUAAGAUCCGGGACAAAGCUGCACUUGUAGAUCCGGAGAUGAGCCCUGACUUGGAGUCUGAUGUUGAUGUUGAUCUCAGAGAAAUUUAUUUUCUCAUUAUGCAUUUUUUGUCUGUUGGGCCAUGUCAAAGAACUUGUGGACAAUUCUGGAAUGAGCUUCUUGAGCAUGACCUACUACCUAGAAGAUACCAUGCUUGGUAUUCUAGGAGUGGGGGGCCUAGUGGUGAUGAAAAUGAUAAUGGCUUGUCAUUUCCACUGAGUUACAAUAAACUUGUGGAGAGGUAUGCUCAUAUUGGAAAGGAUCACUUAAUUAAGCUUCUGAAGCAACUAUUACUUAGUAAAGUUAAUGUACCACCUGGCAUUGUUGCAAGAAAUGUACCGAAUGCAGCUGAUGUGCCUACUCUUUUGGGGACAGGAUCAUUUUCUCUCUUGGGAUAUGAUGGGAGUAAAGGAGACGAUGAGGUUAAACAACCGCCCGUUUUCAUGCGUUGGCCUCAUAUGCAAGCUGAUCAGGUGCGUGCGCUGAGGUUGAGAGAAAUUGGUGGUGGAUUUGCGAGACAUCAUCGAGCACCAUCUACUCGUGCAGCCUGUUAUACUAUUGCAAAACCAUCAACUAUGGUGCAAAAGAUGCAAAAUGUUAAGAAGCUUAGGGGACACCGCAAUGCUGUCUAUUGUGCUGUAUGUGAUCGUUCAGGAAGAUUUGUCAUAACUGGUUCAGAUGACCGCCUUGUGAAAAUUUGGUCCAUGGAAACUGCGUAUUGCUUGGCUAGCUGCCGUGGGCAUGAGGGUGACAUCACUGACUUGGCUGUGAGUUCCAACAACGCUUUAGUGGCAUCUUCUUCAAAUGAUUGUAUUAUUAGAACUUGGCGUUUGCCAGAUGGGCAGCCAAUUUCAGUUCUGCGUGGACAUACAGGAGCCGUUACUGCCAUUGCUUUCAGUCCAAGACCUAGUGCUAUAUAUCAGCUUCUAUCAUCAGCUGAUGACGGAACAUGUAGGUUAUGGGAUGCAAGAUACUCCCAAAUCAAGCCAAGGAUCUAUCUUCCCAAACCUACUGAUCUAGUUGCAGGAAAGAGCACCGCUGCUUCAUCCGUCACUUCUGAACAGAAUCAUCAGAUAUUUUGUUGUGCAUUCAACGCCAACGGCACUGUCUUUGUGACUGGUAGCUCAGAUAAUCUUGCAAGGGUCUGGAAUGCUUGUAAAUCUGGCGCUGACGAUUCUGAACAACCUAUCCAUGAGAUGGAUGUUCUGUCUGGCCAUGAAAAUGAUGUUAACUAUGUGCAAUUCAGUGGUUGUGCUGUGACUCCUCGAUUCUGCGCUGCUGAUGUAACCAAGGAGGAAAGCUUUCCUAAAUUCAAAAAUUCAUGGUUUUCUCAUGAUAACAUCGUUACCUGUUCUCGUGAUGGGAGUGCAAUUAUCUGGAUUCCGAGGUCACGUAAAUCACACGGGAGAGCUGGGCGCUGGACUCGUGCUUAUCAUCUCAAGGUUCCUCCUCCACCCAUGCCUCCGCAGCCUCCGCGAGGGGGUCCAAGACAGAGAGUUCUACCUACACCUCGUGGUGUUAAUAUGAUUGUCUGGAGCCUAGAUAAUCGAUUUGUCCUUGCUGCUAUUAUGGAUUGCAGAAUUUGCGUAUGGAAUGCUGCUGAUGGUAGCUUGGUUCAUUCUUUAACGGGCCAUACUGAGUCUACAUAUGUCCUGGAUGUUCACCCUUUCAACCCUCGCAUAGCUAUGAGUGCUGGAUACGAUGGGAAAACCAUAAUUUGGGAUAUAUGGGAAGGAAAGCCCAUUCGGAUCUAUGAAACUGGACGGUUUAAAUUGGUUGAUGGAAAGUUCUCUAUGGACGGGACGUCUAUUGUACUUUCAGAUGAUGUUGGUCAACUUUAUUUCUUGAGCACUGGUCAAGGCGAGUCCCAAAAGGAUGCAAAGUAUGAUCAGUUCUUUCUCGGGGAUUAUCGCCCACUAAUCCGAGAUACUCAUGGAAAUGUUGUUGAUCAGGAAUCUCAACUUCCUCCUUACCGAAGGAAUAUGAAAGACCUUCUCUGUGAUUCAAGCAUGAUACCAUACCCAGAACCCUACCAAAGUAUGUUUCAGCAAAGGCGUCUUGGAACUCUGGGUAAAGAGUGGUGCCCGUCUUCUGUUAUGUUUUCUGUGGGUCCAGACUUCAAUUCGGAACAAGAUCACAUUCUUCCCCUGCCAGAUUUGGAUAUAUUAAUAGAUCCACUGCCGGAUUUUGUGGAUGUCAUGGAUUGGGAACCAGAAGUAGAAGUAAUUAGUGAUGAUACAGACUCUGAAUUCAAUGUUACGGAUUCCUUUGGUGGCAAUGGAGGACAUAUUAGUUCAACAUCUUCUGGUGAUUCAGAAUGUAGUGAAGAAGACACUGAAGCUGAAUGCAGUCACAGAGACAGUGUUCGUAGAUCAAGGAGGAGAAAGAAAAAGAGAACAGAGAUAACUACUUCUUCGGGGAGGCGUGUUAAGAGGAGAAAUUUGGAUGAAUGUGAUGGUAGUACCCACAGAGUCGACCAAAAGAGAAAAUCAAGAAAUGGACGUAAACGGUCAAAGAAGAAGUCUUCGAAGGCUUCAAGACCUCAAAGGGCCGCAGCUCGUAAUGCUCUUACCUUGUUUUCCAAAAUCAAAGGUAGUAUGCCAGAUCAAGAUCAAGAUGAAUAUGGUUCAGAAGGUUAUUCAUCAGAAAGUGAAUCUGUGCUUGAAGAUUCUUACUUUGAGGGUGAGGAAUCUGACAAGUUGAUUCCAGAUGACCGAGCAAAGAAUAUUAAGGGAAAAGAAGUAGCUCUUGAUGAUUCUGAGGAUAUAUCUAGAUCUAAAGAGUUCCUUGAAUCUCAUGAGAAUGGUUGGAACAGAAGGAGACUAGUUCUGAAAUUUCCAGUUCGCGAUCCAAAUAGGGUUGUGUUUUCAGGGAAUUCUUUCCCGACAUCUGGGGAUUUCGCAGGUUCUUCAUCUUCAGCAUCAGGUGGCCCUGUAGAAUUUGUUGGAAAAGAUUCUAUGAUUAACUUACAUGGCAAUGAAAACCUCUCUGGAUAUGAUAGACUGGGUUGGCUAGGUGGUUAUGGCAAUGAUGCUAUAAAAUGGGGAGGGGUUAGAGCUCGUACUUCUAAGCGACUUAAAUUGAGUGAAGCUCCUCGGACGAAUGCUUCCGGGUCAAGCUCUUUCAGUGGCAACCAUAAUGAAGCUGAUAAUAAACCUGGUGCAGAUUCAAAAUCUGAAAAUGAACAAAGGGAUGUUAGUGGCAAGCUACAGGAGAUUACUGAGCUUAGUCACGAGCAUUUAGGGAAUCCAGAUGGGUUAGCUGAUGGAAAUCUUUCAGAGCUGUCUAAUUUGAAUAGAUCCCUGAUUUCUGAUGGAGUGCAGGAUGAAGUUCAUGUAGCUACUGAGAAUGGAGCUCCGUGUUCGAAUAGCAGUGAUGAAACCCAUGUGUCAACAUUAUUGAGCAUUGCAGGAAUGAAGGAUGUAUCAGAUCCAAACAAUUCUUAUGAGCUGAAAACUUCACCUAAUGAAGGGAAUAAAAACAAUGGUACAGCUUUUGUGGAGCAAAGGUCUGGUGCGGAAGAGCUUAAAGCUGGUUUGGGUGGUGAAGACUGUAAUAUAGAUGAAGUAAAAGAAAAUGCUUGCUCUGCAGGACUAAAUUCACGUUCACAGAAGAAUGAUAGGAUGUAUAGUGCUGUUUAUAGAAGAUCAAGGUCCUUUAAGGCGGCGAGGACAUCUUCAGAUGGCAAUGGUGCUCAUAUUAGUGAAAACACCUCAAAUGCAAGCUGUCAAAAUCAGAAUGGAAACGUUGAUACAAACGGUAUUGUGGUUGAUGGCAUUAAUCAAGCCUGUUCUUUGGAGCUUAGGGAUACAGCUGAAGAAGAGCUUAUUAACCAUAAGAGAUCAGGUGGGGAUAGGUCAAGAAGGACCGUAAAUGUGUCAUCAAACAAGGUUCGAGAAGAAUGGGGAUCUAGCAUGACUGUGGGACUGAGGUCCACGAGAAAUAGGAGAAUUAAUUUUGUUCGUGAUGCAAGUCCAACAGAAAGGAGGAAGUCAAGUCAGUCACAAAGAAAGUUAUCGUGGCUCAUGCUUUCUGUGCCUGAUUGUUCUCGAUAUAUUCCUCAGCAGGGUGAUGAAGUUGCAUAUUUGAGGCAGGGGCAUGAAGAAUAUAUAUCUAGCAAUAAGUCUUCUAUGAGGGGACCUUGGGAAUAUUUGAAAGGAAAGAUCAGAGAUGUAGAAUUGUGCAAAGUUACAGAGCUAGAGUAUUCCAUCGUUCCAGGCUCUGGAGAUAGCUGCUGUAAAAUGACACUUGAACUUAUAGACCCCAGUUGUAGUGUAUUUGGUAAGACAUUCAAGCUGACGUUACCAGAAGUUUCAAAUUUUCCAGACUUUCUUGUUGAGAAAACAAGGUACGAGACUGCUAUUGAGAGAAACUGGACUAAGAGAGACAAAUGUCAGGUGUGGUGGAAAAAUGAAGGUGAUGGAGAUGGUAGUUGGUGGGAAGGUCGAAUCUCUGAUGUGAAACCCAAAUCCGCUGAGUUUCCUGAUAGUCCUUGGGAAAGAUAUCAUGUUCGGUAUAGAAGUGAACCUACCGAAAUACAUGAACACAGUCCUUGGGAACUUUAUGAUGCUGGCGAUACACAGUGGGAGCAGCCUCAUCUAGAUGACCACACCACCAAAACACUGCUCUCAUUUCUUUCUAAAUUAGUGCAUUCCGGAAAUAAAACUCAGGAUAUUUACGGGGUUCAGAAAUUGCAGCAGGUUUCGGAGAAGUCAAAUUUCUUAAAUAGGUUUCCAGUACCAUUAUCUCUGGAAGUUAUCCAGUUGAGGCUAGAAAAUAACUAUUACCGAAGCUUGGAGGCAGUAAAGCAUGACAUUAACGUUUUGUUGACGAAUGCAGAAACUUUUUUUGGGAAGAAUGCAGACCUCUCAAAGAAGAUUGAGCGGUUAUCGGAUUGGUUUGCAAACAAGUUAUCAUCAUUGUAGCAUUAGGUUUCUCCUAAUACAAUUUUGUAGAGGAACUUUCUGUUCUAAUCCCAUUAUCCCGUUUUCAUUGUAGAUAUGUAGUUAUUCAAAAUCUCCGAUUAGGCAGCCCGAGCCCCAGCCCCAGCCCCAGCCCCAGCCCCAUUAAGGAGUUAGUUUCUUUAGUGGGGAAUUCUUUUUAGCAUAGAAUUAGUGGAAAGAGAGGUAACCUUGCAUUUACCAUAACAUCUGUAUAUACACACUAUAUCUUCUCUCAAGAAAUGGAAAAUGAUUUGCCUCCGGUUCAA